AUGGCUUCAGUCUGCGAGGUCGACGACACCGAUGCGACCACGGUCGGCUCAGACGAUGAUGACCUCGACGGCGCGCGCCCGCUGGGCCUGCAGCCUACUAUGGUCUCUUCCGCUGGGAGAGGCCCCGCCCCGAAACCAGAAGACAUAACUCCCAAGGCGUCAAGGACGACCGAAAUACCUCUGAAGCAACCUUCUUCCCCUCUCGACACGAAGACCCCCACGAUAGAUUUGCUCGCAACAGACACGGACGAUGAACUAUUCAAUGAUGGCGAGGCUACCUAUCAAGAGUUCAGAAAUCGAAAGGCCACGAAACGGAAACGGAGGUCUACGACACUCAAGAACGCUACCAGAGCUACCAAGGUGACCCGAGUAGCUACGGCGGACUCCUUCGUCGGUCGACGCCCGAAGCGCGAGGAGAGAGCUGCCCCAAGACGGCCUCUCCGCGAAUAUGGGAUAGAGGUAUCUUCUGAGGACGAGUUGAUGGAGUAUACCCUGCCGGACUAUCUACAGAAACGCCGGGCCCAUUUCGACCAGAGGACAGAGCAACUCCGACAAUCCGGACUUAAACUACCACCGAGCUAUGACGAUGUCGAGUUCUCCGAUGAUGAAAGACUCGAGUUCUUGAAGGAGAAACCGGCCUUUGAUAAAAUGGCCCCGUGCAACCAGUACAGGGAUAUUACCCUUCCCUUUUCGCUAGGGCUGAUACCGGCCCCGAUCGCGCAGUGGCUGCGUCAAUACCAGGUUGACGGAGCUGCGUUUCUCCACGAGCUAUUUAUAUACCAAAAGGGUGGCAUCCUCGGGGAUGACAUGGGCCUGGGAAAGACGGUGCAGGUCAUUGCUUUCCUCACGGCGGCGUACGGGAAAACGGGGGAUGAAAGAGACGCUAAACGAAUGAGAAAGAUGCGAAGGAGCGGGCAAGAUCAGUGGUACCCUCGGACCCUGAUCGUCUGCCCCGGUACCCUGAUCGCGAACUGGAUGGCCGAACUCUCCCGCUGGGGCUGCAAGGAGCUUGCGCUCCACGCUGCGAGGUCUGGAAGAUUGGAAAUCCUAAUCACCACCUACAGCACGUAUCUCCACAACAAAGACGCGCUGAAUAUGGUCGACUGGGAUUGUGUGAUAGCGGAUGAGUGCCACAUCAUCAAGGAGCGCAAGUCGGAAACGACGAAGGCUAUGAACCAGAUCAAUGCACUCUGCCGGAUUGGUCUGACGGGAACCGCCAUUCAGAACAAGUAUGAGGAGUUAUGGACGCUCCUCAACUGGACCAAUCCCGGAAAGCUCGGCCCAGUGACUGACUGGAAAAAGUCCAUCUCGGACCCCCUCAAAAUCGGUCAGUCGCACGACGCCACCGUCGACCAGCUACGCAAGGCCCGAAAGACCGCGAAGAUGCUGGUCGAAAACCUACUCCCGCAGUUCUUCCUCCGCCGGAUGAAGACCUUGAUAGCGGAUCAGCUUCCGAAGAAGGUCGACCGGGUGGUCUUCUGCCCGCUGACGGACACCCAGGCCGACGCCUACGAGAACGUCGUCGCAAGCGAGUACAUCCACUACAUCAAACACUCCACUGAGCCCUGUGAUUGCGGCGGUCACAAGAAAGCCGGCUGGUGCUGCCAUCAAUACCUCCCAUCCGGAGUCACCUGGAGAAGCUACGUCUUCCCCAUGCUCACUGUCCUACAGAAGCUCAGCAACCACCUCGCCAUCCUGAUCCCACAGGGCGCCGACCCCAACGAGAAACAAGAGAAAGACAAGGAGAUGCUCGAGCUCGCCGUCCCAGACCAGUGGGAAAGCCUCUAUCGCUCGCGCGACUCGAUCGUCAACUACGCCAACCCCGAAUUCUGCGGCAAGUGGAAAGUGCUCCGUCGACUGCUGAAGUGGUGGCACGCCAACGGCGACAAAGUCCUCGUCUUCAGCCACAGCGUGCGCCUCCUCAAGAUGCUCCAGAUGCUCUUCCACCACACCAGCUACAACGUCAGCUACCUCGACGGCUCGAUGAGCUACGACGAGCGCACCAAGGUCGUCGACGACUUCAACUCCGACCCACGCCAGUUCGUCUUCCUCAUCUCCACCCGCUCCGGCGGCGUCGGCCUCAACAUCACCUCCGCCAACAAAGUCGUCAUCGUCGACCCAAACUGGAACCCUUCGCACGACCUGCAGGCCCAGGACCGCGCCUACCGCAUCGGCCAGUCCCGCGACGUCGAAGUCUUCCGCCUCAUCUCCGCCGGCACCAUCGAAGAGAUCGUCUACGCCCGCCAGAUCUACAAACAACAACAAGCCAACAUCGGCUACAACGCCAGCUCCGAACGCCGCUACUUCAAAGGCGUGCAGGAGAAAAAAGACCGAAAGGGCGAGCUCUUCGGCCUCGACAACAUGUUCGGCUACAAAAACCACAACAUCCUCCUCCGCGACAUCGUCAACAAGACCAACGUCGCCGAAAGCAAAGCCGGCGUCCACGUCAUGGACAUCGACCUUGACAUCGACCCCGACCCUACCUUCCCCACCAAAUCAGAAGACCCCAACGAAGCCAUGAGCCAACUCGCGGCCAUGAUCAGCGGCGACCCUUCCUCCUUUUCCCCAGACGAGAAACCCAACCCCCCCACAACCACCUCCAAAUCCAACCCCAAACACGACCCCAUCCAAGCCAUCCUCGCCGGCGCCGGCGUCGAAUACACGCACCUCAACAACGAAGUCAUCGGCUCCUCCAAAGUCGAAGAACGACUCAGUCGCCGCGCCGAACUCGCCCACGACGGAAAACUCCUCGACAUGCAGGUCUUCCAGGGCUCUCAGUCCCAGUCCCAGUCUCAGUCCCAAUCGAAAUCCAAAUCCCGAGGAGGAGGGGGGGGAGAAAACUCCUCAAAACCAUCCAUACCAUUCUUAUCGUCAUCAGGCCCCGAAUCAAUCAAAUACAAAUUCCACCCCCCGGAAGACGUCAUGAGACGCCAGUUCUGUAGCAUGGCGCGGCGGUUCGGGUUCCCCAACGCGACGGAGUUUGCGCUCGUCGUGGAGGGCAUGACACAGGCGCAGAGACGGGGGUUUUUGGAUCGGUGGGUUGGGUUGGGUUAG